AUGGAGGGUCCCUCAAAUCUAAAUGCACCAGGUGUAACCUUCAAGUCCUCUAAAACACUCGAAGGUCGAGCACAGGAGCGGGCAGCCUCCAAAGACGAAGGCCUGGAGGAUGUAUACAACCCGGGUCCCUUACCUUCCGUCGGUGUCAUCAACCCAACCAAAACGCAUACCGGGCUCUACUCUGAGCACGGCCAUUCUCUCUCUCACAUUCGACCCAUUACCAAACACCCUGGUUCAUCAGUCACCACAUUCUAUAAUGGUGUCUUCACCACGAUCAUUGGCAUAUCGACCCUGGGCGCGAGUAUCACCUUCUCCUAUGUCUUGUCCAACAACACCUCCACACCUCGAGCAAGACAGCCAGUCUUCAACGUGGACCAGAUACAAGGAUUCCUGGCCAUUAGUUGGCUCUUGUUCCUUCUUGCGUUGGCAAUUGCUUCACUUGGCUCCACUAUCUUGACCUUCUUCAAGGACCACUGGAUUGCAGACUGGGAUGGGCUGAAUGGGAAGACAUCGCAACGGAGCGUUCAGAGAUACGCCAUAAUUGCAGCGGCGCUGAUGGGCGGUCUCAUCAUCGGGGCUUUUGCGCUGCUAUGCCUGGUGGUGGUUGCGUAUACCGCUGUUGUCGGGUGGAUUGCCUUGGGAUUUACCAGCCUUAUUGGAGUUAUCAUCCUUGUGGCGCUGGUGACUCAAGCGCCGUGGCCGUGGCGGAAUAACGCCCCGUCUCCGAGCCGAAGACAUCGCAGUGCAGGUGGUUAUGACGGAGGUGAUGGAGAGGAAGGACCAUGA